AUGUUCGGAGGCGCUGAGGAUUUUUGGUGGGAAAAUAAAUUUGGCGCUGCUACGGCUGCAUACCAAAUUGAGGGCGCGUGGAAUGUAGAUGGCAAGGGUGAGAGCAUUUGGGAUAGAAUGAUACACAGUCACCCAGAAAUGAUACCUGAUAGGUCCAAUGGUGAUGUUGCUUCAAACUCCUAUAAUUUAUGGCGAGAAAACAUAAAAUUGGCUGCAGAACUACGUCUAGACUAUUACAGAUUUUCAACCUCGUGGCCACGAAUCAUGCCGACAGGCUUCUCAAAUAACAUAAGUGGAGCGGGAUUAAAACAUUAUAAUGACUUUAUUGAUGAAUUGUUGUUACAUGGCAUUGAACCCGUUGUAACCAUGUACCAUUGGAACUUGCCCGUUAAGUUACAGGAUUUGGGUGGCUGGACCAACCCUCUCAUCGUAGACUGGUUUGAGAGCUACGCUGAAAUUCUUUUCCGUAACUAUGGAAACAGGGUUAAAACGUGGAUAACAAUCAAUGAGCCGCCUAUCGUGAUAUGCGACUACAACUACAACAUAGGUACAUGCUCUCCAGGGAUUGAGGAGCAGGAAUACGCUCCAUAUAUUUGCAAUAAAAACGUAUUAAUGGCACACGCCAAGGCUUAUAGACUUUAUCAGAGGGAAUAUAGGGAUAAAUAUAAUGGUAAACUUUCACUAGCAAACAAUGUUUUCUGGAUAGAUUCGAAGGAAUCUCCACGUGAUGAUGAGUUACGAGACCUUGGAAGGGAGAAUAUUAUUGGCAGGUAUUCACACCCAAUAUUCAGUCAAGAAGGUGGCUGGCCUAAAAGCUUAGAGAAACUUAUGCUAAGAGUUAGUUUGAAGCAAGGAUACACGGAAUCUCGACUUCCAUCUUUCACUGAGCAAGAGAAAGAGUUUAUAAAAGGCACGGCAGACUUCUACGGCUUAAACUAUUACACAAGUCGGAUCAUCAGGCCAGUGUUACCAGGAGAACGGGGAUAUUGGUUUUUGAAUGGGUCAUCCGAGCUUAAUGCUACAUUGGAACUACCACCAGGAGCGAGGCUUACCACUAUUGACAUGCUACCGAUGGUCCCAGAAGGUCUAGGAAAGAUGAUAUUAUACUUAAAGAAUAAUUAUGGUAACGUAGACAUUCUGAUCACAGAAAAUGGUUACCCUGGACGACAACAUAUCAAUGAUAUCGAGAGGGUUCAAAGUAUUAGGGCUCAUUUAGAACACGUAUUGCUAGCAAUAAAGCAUAAUGUGAGCGUCAUCGGUUAUACCUACUGGUCGCUGCUGGACACCUUCGAAUGGCUUGCAGGUUACGAACCGACAUUUGGCCUUUACAGUGUGGACUUUCAUCACCCAAAACGCUGGAGAAAGCCGCGGCUUUCAGCAAAGUACUACGCGUGUAUUAUUAACCACAAAUCUCUUAUAUUUUCUGUAAAGAAACCGUUUCUUAUAACUUUAAAGCAAUUGUAA